AAGAAAAACAGGGAAAUUCUGACGACCACUCCGACGGAAAGAGAAGUCGUCGGACAAUUCCGACCACAUUCCGACGAAAUACCGACGAACCCGUGUUUUUGGGUUUCGUCGGUAUUUCGUCGGAAGAAUCCGACAAACUUCCGACGAAGAAAGGUCGUCGGUAUAUUCCGACGACAGUUCCGACGAAAGCCCGACAAAAAUUAUAACCGUUAGGGUCGUCGGAAUUCCGUCGGAAAAUACCGACGCCAUUCCGACGGAAGCUCUCGACCGUUGGCGAGACAGAAUAUGCCCGUUUAUAGCCGUUAGACAUUUUAAAAAAACCGACGGAAUUCCGACGGAUUUUUUAAAAUUUGUCGGAAUUACGUCGGAAUGGCGUCGGAUUGCCGUUAGCAUUUUCCUAUAAAUGCAACCUCUCCUCAUUCAUCUUAUUCACUCCUCAUUCUCUCUUCAUUCUCUCUUAUCAUAAGAAAUUCGAAAAGUUCAUGUCUUCUGGAGAUUAUUUUCGUUCGUGGAUGGAUAGACCUCAUUUGGAUUCCAACACCAAUUUGCUUACAGAAGAAUACGUUCGAGGUAUUGGAGAAUUCAUGAAGCUUGUUCAACAGCACCCGGAUGCAAAUACUGGUAUGGUAAGAUGUCCCUGCUCUACUUGUAAUAACAAUAGAAUUAUAAAAGAAUGGGAAGUUUGGAAACAUUUGUAUAGAAAAGGGUUUGCACAGAAUUAUAAAGUUUGGUAUCUUCAUGGGGAAACUGGUUUUGAAUAUGGUAGUAGUAGCGAACCUCAGCCUGUUAGCGAACAACCUCAGUCUUAUGGUUGGUUAGAAGAACCGAGAAUGGAUGUAGAUUAUGGUGUAGGUACUGAGCAGAUGGUACAUGAUCAUUAUAGAGGGGAAGAACCAAAUCUCGAAUCAGGGAGAUGUUUUGACAUGUUGGAUGCAGGAAAACAACCUUUGUAUAAAGGUUGUAGAGAUGGUCAUUCACCUUUAUCAUCUGCAAGUAGAUUGAUGGGUAUUAAGACAGAUUAUAAUUUGGCUGAAGAAUGCGUAGAUGCGAUAGCUGAUUAUGUUAAAGGUGUUCUGCCAGAGGAUAAUCUUGCACCGGGUUCAUACUACGAGGUUCAGAAACUUGUUGCGGGUCUUCGAUUACCGUACGAAGUGAUAGAUGUAUGUAUCGACAACUGCAUGAUCUACUGGGGAGCGGAUAAGGAUCGGGAUAAAUGCAAAUUUUGUUGGAAACCUCGUUAUCAGGAAACGAGGGGAAGAGUUCCGGUACCAUUCAAAAGAAUGUGGUAUUUGCCUUUGACGAAAAGAUUGAAGAGGUUGUAUCAGUGUGAGCGCACGGCGAAGGCAAUGAGAUGGCAUGCAGAGCAUUCUACAAAUGGUGAGAUUAGACAUCCUUCAGAUGCUAAGGCUUGGAAACAUUUCCAAUCAACAUAUCCAGAAUUUGCUGAACAAAGAAGAAAUGUUUAUCUGGGAUUAUGCACUGAUGGUUUCAGCCCAUUUGGAAAGCAUGGAAGACAAUAUUCUCUAUGGCCGGUGAUUGUGACACCAUACAACUUGCCGCCAAAUUUGUGCAUGCGACGAGAGUUUUUGUUCCUCUCCAUUCUCGUCCCCGGGCCAGCUCAUCCUAAGAGAUCACUAGAUGUGUUUCUUCAACCACUAAUAUAUGAGUUACAACAACUAUGGGCGGUUGGUGCUGAGACAUACGAUGUUUCGUGCAGAGAAAACUUUCAUAUGCGAACAGUACUUAUGUGGACAAUAAGUGACUUUCCAGCAUAUGGUAUGUUAUCCGGAUGGACAACACAUGGCAGGCUUUCAUGUCCAUAUUGUCAAGAUAGCACAGAUGAUUUCCAACUAAAGCACGGAAGGAAAACAUGUUGGUUUGAUUGUCACAGAAGAUUUCUACCACCUGAUCAUCCAUACCGUAGGAGUAAGACUUUGUUUACGAAGAACAAGCAGGUGUUUGAUGAUCCACCUACGGAAGUUAGUGGAAAAGAUUUGGCGACACAGUUUAGGGAUUUUGGUGCACAAAGGACGCCAGACGUAGGUGGACAUGAAAACAUUCCAGUCGAUGCUGUUGGAGAGCUACAUAACUGGCACAAAAAGAGUAUUUUCUGGGAUCUGCCAUAUUGGGAGAGUCAUCUAUUGCGUCACAACUUAGAUGUCAUGCAUAUUGAGAAGAACUUUUUCGACAAUCUGAUGAACACAAUCCUCAACAUCCAAGAUAAAACGAAGGAUAAUCUGAAGUCAAGGUUGGAUUUAGUCGAUAUCUGUGAUCGUUCUGAACUUCACGUUGAUGAGAACGGUACGGCACCUUUUCCCAUUUAUCGGCUAGAUGGUGCUGGCAAAGAAGCGUUCUUUGAUUGGAUUACAGAUAAAGUGAAAUUUCCAGACGGUUAUGCAUCAAAUUUGGGUAAUUGCGUUGAUAGAAGCGAAGGAAAGUUUACUAGCUUGAAGAGUCACGAUUGUCAUGUGAUUAUGCAGCGGCUCCUUCCGUUUGCUUUUUCCGCACUAUUACCACGUAAUGUUCAUGAAGCAGUUGCAGGGAUAAGUGUUUUCUUCCGUGAUUUAUGCACCAGAGUAGUGACUGAGGAGGGUAUUAGUACUUUGAAGGAAAACGUACCCGUUAGUCUUUGCAACCUCGAGAAGAUAUUUCCUCCAUCAUUCUUUGAUGUAAUGGAACAUCUUGCUAUUCAUCUCGCAAGAGAAUUGGAGCUUGGUGGUCCUGUGCAGUACCGAUGGAUAUAUCUUUUUGAGCGUUAUAUGCAUCAUCUGAAGAAGAAGAUCAAAAAUUUAAGCAAGGUGGAAGGAUCUAUAAUUGCACAGGUGAUCAAUGAAGAAACUUCAAACUUUGCUGAAAACUACUUUCCAUCAGAAGUGCAUACAAAAAACCGAAGACCUGCUCGGCAUGAUGACAGAGGAGAGAAAGCAACGUAUCAUGUUACUGUCCCAAGCAUGUUCAGCGAAAUAGGACGACUAAGUGGAAAACCCACGAAGCGGAGACUGACGGAGAUUGAGCACGCUCAUUUGCAAACAUAUUUGCUUACCAACUGUGAAGAUGUUCUACAAUAUGAGAGUGUUUAUAUGGCAGAGUUGCGUAUGACUUACAUACAUGCCACAGAAGAAGAGCUUCAACAACUCAGACAUAACGGAUUUGCUGCAUGGCUUCUUAAUUAUGUGACUGAUGGUUUGGCCAGGGGUUUUGUGUUCGAUGAUUGGAUAUGCGAGUUUGUGCGGGGACCAAACUAUGUGGUCAAAUCAUAUCCAAAAUAUUGUACACGAGGAUAUGCCUUUGCAAAAAAAGGUCAUUCUAGGACAACUUAUGAUGGAGGUGUUUCCUCUUCUUCCGGUGACGAUGUCUACUACGGCAACAUACAAGAAAUAUUGGAAAUCCAGUAUCCUGGUAUGGUUGGAUUGCGGUGUGUAGUAUUCUAUUGUGAUUGGUAUGACACCACCCCAGAUCGAGGAGUGAAGACUGAUGCGUUUGGUGUUACUUCGAUUCAUUCGCGGAGGAAACUUCAAUAUUAUGAUCCUUUCAUUCUUGCUUCGCAAGCUGAUCAGGUGUGCUACAUCAGUUACCCUCGGGUUACGUACCGAGACGAUCCAUGGAUCACGGUGACGCAAAUCAACCCAAGAGGACGAGUAAACGGACCUUCUGAUAAUGAUCCAUUACAACCAAACUCUACCAGCAACGUGAGUGCAGUUGAAGAUUUGGCAGAGGUAGAACUCGUUGAGAAUUUUACCGAGUUUGGACUUGAUGCUGUUGUACACUCGGAGCCAGAAGCUGAGAUUGGCGAGUUUGAUGAAGAUUCUGAAUAUUCUACAGAUUCUGAAGAUUCUGAUUAGGACUUAUGUUUUAUUAGUUGUAGGAUUAGUUUUU